AUGGUGUGGGCCUGCCCCUCCAACACGGCCAUUCCUCCCAUCUUCAACCCAACUCGGGUGGACUACAAGAUGUCGGCGAACCCUCCGAAGCGAGCGCGCCAGCCGAACUUUACGCAUGGAGAGUUGGUCGCCCUCGUCGAUGGCUACGAGGAGCACCGUCGGGCCAUAGAAAGCCGAGGCGAGGGUCCCCGAGAGUCGCAGGCCAAACAGAACGCCUGGGACACUAUCACAGCUAAUUUAUUCGCUGUGUCCGGUAUUGUUAGAACGCCCGCUGAGGUCAAGAAGAAAUGGUGCGACGUGAAGAGCGCCGCCAAGGCACGAGCUGCUGCGGUUCGCCGCAGCAUGGCGACCACGGGAGGCGGUCCAGAGGACGUGGCCCCUCUCGACGAAUUUGAGGCCCGGGUGGCAAGUACACUUGACCCGGAAGCGGUAUUCGGCGUGUCUGGCGGCUUGGACAUUUGUGCCCCGAGUCCAGGUAUGAAUGCGUACGCGCUCUUCCGUCAAUGUUGGGUGGUGGAUGUGUAG